CAAAUUAUGAUGUACCUACUCAAUGUCUCGGCCUCUAGCCUAGACAUUGAGUAGUGAAAAAUAAAUGUGUAAUAAUAGCCCGACAACCUCGAACUCAUUAGUAAACAUAAGGUGCGUUGAACUGGCGUGUGGGAUCGAUAUGCGCCGGCAACGAACCCAAGUUCAAGUUGGCGGAUCGCCAUGACUACGGCGCGCAAACACCGUCUACGGUGCUAGAAAUACUCUAUUACACCACGCCCAUUACGACAGUUCUAAGUUGGCAAGGUGCUAGCUAAGUGGUUUUUCUCCUUUUAUUUCGAUAAUCUUGGUGAGUGCUUAGGUCUACUUACGGUCUAAAAUGUCCGUUGACCGUUCGAAUAUUGCUAUAAAAUAAGAACGUUCUAGGUCGCAAUGAGGGUCACCGGCUCUCGGGUGUACAGUAGGCCGCCACCAGUUCCGAAGAUGCCUGCAGGACUGGUGGAGUUGAUGGAGGGCCUGACUAAAGAUGUCCUCAAGAAUAAUCCUCCAGAUGUAUACGAGUUUUGUGCAGAACACAUGCGCAAGCUGUUGGAAAUAAGAGAUGGACCCUCAACAAAGAAAAGUCUGAGUUUGGAACGUAAAAUAUCUAAGGCUCAAGAAAAGGUAAGAAAAAGAGCAGAACAACGCUGGCAAAAAUUCGAUGAACUUCAGUUACAAGAGACAAAGAUAGAAAAGAAUGAAAACCAAACUUCAGAUCAGAAAAUACCUGCAGCAAUCGAUGAUAACAUCGAAAGUAUUAUCAAACCAGUACAUCACAAUGAUUUGACUCAAGCUUCUGAAAUCGAAAUAUCUUGCGAACCAGAUAGUACCGAAAAACAAAAAUUGCAAAAUGAUGCGGAACCAAUUUUGGUAGUACCUACUGUAGAAGGCGAAAAUGAAAAAGUAGCUGAACCAACUGUAGAAGGCAACCAAGAAGUUAAAGAAACAAAGUCCAAUUCUCAUAUUCAACUUAUACCUGUAUUAACUGACUUUGAAAAUACGGACUUGAGCCAAACUCAAGAGGAUGAUUGUGAGUCGAACAUUGCGGCACCCGAUUCAAAUACAAAAGAUUUACAAAAUGUCAAAGAAGAUAAAUUGAUUGAAAAUAUUGAGGUUGCUGAUGUUAAUAAAAAUGCUCCUAUUGUCAUAUCUGAUGUUGCUGAAGUUGAUAAACAUGCUUCUAUUGUCUCUACUGAUGUUGCUGAAGUUGAUAAAAUUGACCCUAUUGUCGCAUCUAAUGUUACUGAAGUUGAUAAAAAUGCUCCUAUUGCCACAUCUGAUGUUGCUGAAGUUGAUAAACAUGCUUCUAUUGCCUCUACUGAUGUUGAUAAAAAUGAUCCUAUUGUCGCAGCUAAUGUUGCUGAAGUUGAUAAAAAUGCUCCUAUUGUCACAUCUGAUGUUGCUGAAGUUGAUAAACAUGCUUCUAUUGUAUCUACUGAUGUUGCUGAAGUUGAUAAAAAUGAUCCUAUUGUCGCAGCUAAUGUUGCUGAAGUUGAUAAAAAUGCUCCUAUUGUCACAUCUGAUGUUUCUGAAGUUGAUAAACAUGCUUCUAUUGUAUCUACUGAUGUUGCUGAAGUUGAUAAAAAUAUUCCUACUGUCGCAUCUGAUGUUGCUGAAGUUGAUAGAAAUGAUCAUAUUGUCGCAUCUGUUGAAGAUGUCAAAAACGACAUCAUAACUGUUGUGGUUGAACAGGAAAAACUCAAUGAAUCGGACAACUUAAGUAUUCCAAUUGGAAAUGAUACUGAUUCUGCUUUUGAAGAAAACGAUGACGCCAUUCAAACUGAUUCGGGUAUUAGCUGCCUGGACUCCGGAAAAAUUGAGGAGCACAAUUUAUCUGGUACUAAUACCAAUGUUGUUCCUGAAACUGUACCAAAAUCUACAAUAGAAAGUGAUGGCGAAAAUAUUGUCGAAACUGAUAAGAUAACUGAUUUGAGUUUAGAAAAUCAUAUUGAAACAAAUUAUGAUGGAAAAAUUAAAUCUAAUGAAAAAGAGAAUGAGGUCCAUCAAGGUAAUUUAAGGAAACUUGAUGAAACAAUCACUUCUUUAUCUGAUAUUUACUCUGCCAAUGAUACGGAGGAAUCUACUACUGAUUUAGAAAAGGUUAUGAACGAGGCCAUUGAAAAUACAAAAAGAAAAGACAGUAGUGCUGAUGAUUCGAUAAAAGAUAAUAUUGCAUUGAAUGAUGAGAGUGAUGCAAGUGAAAGUAUUAAUUUAGUUAUUCAUAGAAAAACUAUGAAUAACUACCCCGACCCCGAGGCAGAAGCUAAUAUUUUAUUUAAAAAUGAUGAUUCUAAGGGUACGAAACAAUCGCACGAUAUUGACGAAGCCAUGAAUAAUCAUAAAACUGAGAUUAUUGAGUCGAAAAGGCCUAAACGCUCUCUGGAUAAUAAUGCCUCUGACCAAAACGAUGUUGACAUCGCUACACACACAUUGAACGAUUCCAUCAGUGCUAUUGUAGCCGAAGAUAGUGCUAAGGAAGCUGAUACUACAAUAGAUUUAAAUAAGACUCCAAAAAAUGAUAAUUCUCACACAAUGGAUCUGGAAACGGCAGCAGUAACUAUUCAAAAAGUAUUCCGAAAUUUCCUAUUCAAAAGUCGAGCAUCGACAUUUGAUGAUUCUGUAACUGAAGAAAAUAAUCUAUCAGAUGACGAUGAAAAGAAGGACGAAGUUUUUUUACCUACAAAUAAUUUAAAUAAAGAGAGGAGGCCUUUAGGCUUAAGCCGAAUGGAGUCAGUCCUCCAAACAGUAAAUGAAGAGAAAUCUCUGUCUCUUUCAACUGAUGACUCUUCUCUAUCUAGUGCUGCUACUAUAAUUCAGGCUCAUGUAAGAGGAUUUCUGCUGAGAAACAAACUGCACUCCUUAAAAUCUGCGUCUAGAAAUUCAUUGGGUGUUUCAAAUGGUCCAUCAAGCAAAUCUUUGGAUGCUGAUGCGGACCAGAACAAAAACAAAACCGUUCUAAACAUUCACAUAGUCCCAGAAGGAGGGAACUAUCUAAGCAGAGACGAAAGUAUAUUGACUUCAAUGGAUUUGUCCCUAGACGGCAGUCCUCCUUCAUCAGUCAAUUUGCAUCCUUUUGGUUACAAUACAAGCGAAAGAAGAAAACAAUUGAAGCGAGAAGAUGCCGUACAGUCUGUCUCGCCACCUAGUAAUAAUAGUGGCAAACUAAGCGAGGAUGUCGAUUCCGUUAAAGAGGUAACAAUUAAUGAACAAGAUUCUAAUGCAAAUCAAGAACAGAAAGUAUCUGGAGUUUCAAUGUUGAAAGAUGACUCUCAGCAAGAUACAGAUAUAGGAAGUCUCGAAACUACUCCUACCACUAGCUUGACCGUUGAAACUGUUGUAGAAGACCAAAAGUCGUCUAACACUGAUACAAUGAACAGCCCUGAACCCAUGACAGAGACUGCAGAAAAUUCUAAAAAGGGUUUGAUAAAACAGAGUUCAGAUGAAAUGGACGUUGUUACGCCAUUUAAGGAAAACUCAACUAUCAAGACGGUAGACACCAACUUACUACAUUCUGGAGAAUUCCAUGACACAGUGCUUCCCACUAAGGUGUCACGGAAUGAUACACCAGUGGCCAGUGAAUUCAAUAAUGUGAUGGUAUACUUCUUACUUUGGAAUAAUUCGUAGUAUAUUAAUAAUCAUACGAUAGCUUUUUAUGUAUAACAUAUAUUGUACCUAUCUCUUUCAAUCACACGUAAUUACAAGUUACAAAUAAUAAAGUUCUCUUGAUAUAUUUGUUGUCAGAUAUUAUUUAAAAGCACUACUAUUUAUUUAGUAAAAAAGCGUGCUAUUUGUUCUUAAUUUCAAAGAUGAACAAAAGGCACGCUUCGCACAUGGUACUGCAGGCCAUGGACAUGAGUAUUUGAGAAUAAAGGUCAUAGCACACUUAUCAACCCGCAAAGGGAUCAACAUCACAUCACUUUCACGCGCAGUCAAACGAGGCGAGGCAUUUAUGUAACGGUGCGGAUGUGUGCGUUGCAGU